GUCUGUGUCGGGCUACUGCUGACACGCCAGCUGCACAGACGGGAGCGAGGGAACAGGGCACGCAAAUUCGCGUUAUUUUAAUUCACCUGCCCCCUGUAACUGUUUGAGUGUUUGAAGACCGUCAACCACCACCAUGGAUACCAGUAACGCCACCAAUUCAAUCGACGAUAGACCUCGUUUAUUCGCUGCACUACAGCACAAUCCGUACAUCCAAGCUAUUGUCACCGUCUUCGUCGCUUGUCUAUGCACCCGGAUACUAUCAUCGCAAUGGUUCGAGGCAGCUAAAUAUAGCAAUAGACGUGGUAUCGAACCGCCUACGCUUCCGUAUUGGAUUCCAGGACUGAAGCAUGCUUUUUCCAUGGGUUAUGACUCGAAGAGAUUCCUGGCCAAAUGUCUGAACAAAUUCGGGGAUGGAACACCGUUUUUCGUCGAUGCAGCAGGACAGAGACUCCUCCUCAUCUUAGAUCCCGAGCACAUCAAGGGAGUGCUACGCUCGUCUAAAGAACUCGACCCCAAUCCCUUCAUCCAUGACAAGAUACUGAGCGCCCUCAUGGGAAGUCCCCAAGAAGCCAUUGACCACUACAAAUCGGACGGAGGGAAUACGGACUAUAUCCAGACAACCCACAUUCGACAGCACACUACUGGAUCCAACCUCAACGCCCUGGGUAAGAGACUAUUCGAUACUCUGAGCCGCAGUGUCGAGCAAGCUUUACUACCGCAAGCCGACUCGGAAUGGACAGAGAUUCCCGACCUGUACGCUUUCUUUCAGCACCACGUCACAUUGGCUAUCGCCGAGACACUCUUGGGUUCCGCGAUCGUCCAAAGUUAUCCUGAGAUCAUCUCGGAUCUUUGGACACACAUCGAGCACACCGAUCAAUUCUUCAUGGGCUUGCCACGCUUCGUGAUACCGAAAGCUUACGCUGCCCGUGACCGAUUGCUGGAAAACAUUCGCAACUGGAGCAAGAAGGUCGAAUCUCUGCGCCAACAGAAUGCACUAGGUACCCACUGGGAUGCCGUGGCCGGAUCUCAGCUAUUACAAGAGCGCGAAACGCUGUACGGUGAGCUGCCUGGACAUGACGUACAUGGAAGGGCAGCUCAGACUCUGGGAUUACUGUACGGCGGGACCAGUUUAACUGUUCCAAUAUCAUUCUGGUACUUCUUCGAGACUGCUAGGGAUCGUGACUUACAGCAUCGCGUGCUCGACGAGUUGAAAACGCACGCUGUUCCUGAGUCGUCCUCGUAUAACCUCAUGAAACUCGCAGCGUGCCCGCUUCUUCGCUCCAUGCAUGCCGAGACAACACGAUACUACAGUUCCAAUCUAACGAUCCGCGAAGUUAUCGUUCCCCAGUACGCGCUAGGCGCAAAAUAUGUUCUUGGGAAGGGUACCACAGUCUUCAUCCCAAACAAAUAUGCCGCACAAUACACUUCAGCAUGGGCGCAGGUAAGGCCGCAAGCAAUCACCAAGCCUCUCGAUACGUUCUGGCCCGAGAGGUACAUUGUUGCGGAGAAAGGGAAGCCCGAGCGAUUCAGCGAUGUUGGGUUGGCUGGUAACUGGACCUCGUUCGGCGGCGGCGAGCACAAGUGUCCUGGGCGUCACUUUGCGAGGAACAUCGGCAUUGUAACACUAGCAGUAUUAUUAGGAGUAUUCGAGUGCGAGGUGCUUGAUUUGAAAGGCGCGCACAAGACAGACCCCCGCUUGAAAGAGUAUGCGUUUGGUACCAUGAAGCCGACAGGCAAGGUAGCCGCAAGAAUCUGCAGACGGCCAAACAGAAAUAGCAUACCAAAAUGAUGCACGGGAGAUUUCGUGAGGAACAGUAUUCAAAGCCUGGAACCCUAAACAACCUGUAAAAUAGACCUAA